GCAAAGGCCUAUAAACUACAUGCCCUCUGGCACACAAUGCUCACGGCUUUGUUAUAUUUUAAGCCAUUCUAUCACCACCUGAUGACACCAUUGACUGCUUCUAUGGCAUAGGAACUACUGCUGUCACAUUGUAAGCGCUAUAUAUGGAAGAAGGGAAGACUGGAAUUGAUGAGCGGCCGUUAUGAUUUUUACUACUUGGGAUUGCAAUGGGAGCGAUAUGCCGUCUGCAGAGACUCGCUUUGGAAGGCUCCUUUGUGCCUGAAUCAAUUCAACUGCUACGGUGAUUACAUAGCAAACCUGCGGGCAUCUACAACGUAGUUGAUAUAUUUGGGAGCCUUGUCCCUGUCUUUGACUUCCGCUGAGCUUUCUCGUUACGGAUUGCGACUAAUUCUAUAAAUGUUAUAACAGAGUUCAUCUUGGAUUGGGGUGAAAUUGUUGACCUGAACACUUUGCAUUCCAAAAUACUGGACGAUAGAGUUUUGUGUGCAUCGACGUCGUGGAGGAAAGGGGGAUCCCAAUCUGGACUGAACAUAGGACGUUACAAAUGCUGUUCUAUUCUUCAUGGCGGACCAACAAAGUCAACAAUGGAAACAAAGCGAUAAUGGAAAAGGAAAAAGAUAUAGUUUGAACAUGAAAGUAUGCAGAUCGUCCCUUUGUCAUGAUGGGUCACCUGCUGUUUACGUCAUCAACAACUUACGGCAGCGAGGGCAGAUCACACCCCCCUUCACUUCUUUUACGGGUAUCCCUUUUCGAAUAUUUCCGGUCUUGUUACCAAGCUUUUAAACCUGCGCUGCUUUGUUGUCGUUUUGUACGUAUUUCUUACUUUCAGAUUAAUCUUUCCGCCUCGCUUUCUCAAAAGGACCCGGCGCUGUCUCCCCCUCCGGGGACACCAUCGAAAAAACCCAAAAAACGACGUCAUAUCGCACAAGGCAUACUCUUACACAGCUAUCCACCAUGCCGGUCGACUACCUCGGGAAUAUGGAAAUAACAUGCCUGUCCGCAACACUCCCCAAAGAUAUCAACCUGACCCACAAGGAACUGUACUCGCGGCUCUCUCUAGACGGCACCGACUGGCGAAAGACCCUCGUUCGUCGAACGGAUAAUAUACCGGAAACGCAUACCUCCCCACGUAGAACAUACCCAUUAGAAACGAGCCCGAUCGUCCUCCCCGUCACAUCUGAGCACCAUCAUAUUCAUGUGGAGAUAUGGACGUAUAAGCGGUCAGAGGAUAAGGAUGAGUUGAUUGCUAAAGGGAAACAUUCGUUCAAGGAUGCAGUGGCCAAUGAGCGGAUGGUGGAGCUUGAUGUCGAUCUGCAUCAUCAUUUACAUUUGAGUAGGGGGUCAGCAAGGGUUAGACUCAAGUUUAUCAAGCAAAUUCCUGGACCGCCCAUUGUCCCCACCCCGCAUGGUGUGUAUGCAGAUGGCAUUGUGGGAAGUCCACCAGAUCGACAGGAUAAAGGAAAAUUUGUUCACAAGUUGAAGGAUAUAGUGAGGAGGGGAAGUAAGGUGGAUAAGGCGGAUCUGGACUUUGCACCAGCGUUACCGUGACAUCGUUGGUUGUAAAUGAUUCAAAUGAUUGUGCAUGUGGAGGAGGAUUUCUUUUGGGGCUGGAGAAGCGGGGUGUGAAUAAAGGAUAUUAAUUGAUGCACCCAUUUUUACAUAAAUCUGGCAAACUUUUCCUUAUUUACACAUCCUAACACAUAUUAUACUAUUUAAUAAAGGCGAACAUCCAUGAGAUCCUAAUUACCAUUAAGUAUACGUCAAACUAUCGUUACUAG